GGCGGUGCGCCGGCUCAUUAUUGCCCUGAAGGCCGGAGAGACAUCGGGAAAAAGAGGUUUUAAGUGCGUUGGCGCAGCAGAUUUCAAGGCUAAAAGAGAAAGACUGCCUCUGAUACGUGCAGGAAGAAGAGACAGGAACAUAAAACUCAACAUGGAAAAAGUCCCCCAGGAAAACAAAGUUGAGGAGCCAGCCCCAGUGAAGAAUGAAGAAGAAGCUCGUCCUUUAGAAGGUGAAGGCCAGGAGCAUGGAGGAAAUGUUAGAAGGGAUCGGGUUCCACCAGCACAGGAAUUUGGAGAGGAUGCGCCUAAUAGGCUUGCUGAUAACAUUGAUUUGAUAGAUGGAGAUGCAGAUGAUAUGGAACGGUUCAUGGAGGAGAUGAGAGAGCUAAGGAGGAAAAUUAGGGAGCUUCAGUUGAGAUACAGUCUGCGCAUUCUUAUAGGGGACCCCCCUCACCAUGAUCAUCAUGAUGAGUUUUGCCUUAUGCCUUGAAUUUUGAGAUUAAUAACUAUAAACCCUCUCUGCUUUGCAAACUUGCAUUUUCCUGAUAUACCUUUAGUCUGAACCUUCUGAUGUUCUUCUGUCAUUUUCUGAUUAGAGAUACCAUUUUCACCCAGGCUGUAAGUCCCUUCGUCAAUGGGGGAGUUUCAUCAACUUGCAUGAAAACAUGUUUAUCACAUAUUGUAAUGUUAAUAAAGCAAUUAAAAAAAUCAGUCUA